CCCAAACUCGAACUUCGUUAAUUUAAGUGCCUUAAAAAUCUGUUGAUUGUUGAGUUUUUUUUUCUCUCUUCUUCAUUUUCGUUCUUUCUUGAGAGAUAUUCUCUUUUUUCUCAUUCGAUUAGUUUUUUAUUCUAUCGCCAAUUCCAAAAUGACCCUUAAACCAACUCGAACUCCUUCUGAUCCCUUACCUGAAGAGGACGAAUCUUCAAUAUCAAUAUCAAUGAUGGAUUCGGAGCCUCAAAUGAGGUCAACAUGUUCACUUCCAAUGUCCGUUAUGGAAUCACAAAGUUCACCUCCAACACGAUCUUCCUUUGUUAGGGGAGGUAAAGUGGGUGGUAGUGUUCAUGGGAAUAGUAGUGGUGGUGGAGGAGGAAGUAGAGGUGGUGUUAGUUCAAGUUCCAUGGGCCAAUCGGGUUCUGUACCUAUUGGUAUGUGUGAAACAAUGGCUAACACCAAUACGAUGACUUCUCCUUCAUCUACGAUUACAAGUAAUUCCUCUUCGUCGAUUUCAAGUCCCCUUGGAGGAGGUUCAGAUCCUAUUGGUACAUCUUCUGGACGAGGGCAGAUGACCAGUGGAGGGCGAGAAGGUGGAGGAGGAGGUGUGACUGGAGGUGAAAGAGUAACUGGUUCAUUUCGUCGUGAUCAUGGAACCAUUAUCUCAAUCACAUCGGCACCACCCACUCCAGCUCAUUCACCAGAUCCUGAUGGUAUCCACCGGUCAACAGGUAAUUUAACCUUAACCUACCGGUCAAGUUCAAAUGGAGCUGGACUUAAUGCUAUUCCUGUUUCUUCAGGUCGUCUAAGUGCUUCAGCGGGUGUCAAUAUAAGUGGAUCAAUGGGUAAUGUAGGUAAUAGUGGUUCCAAUGGAUACAAUUCAUCAACUGGAACAGUUGAUAGAGGAGGAGGUGGAGGAGGGAUCGGACCAGGAGGCCUUGACUCGGGAACAUCUCUUAACCUUGCCGGUUCUCCGGCAGGUAGCUCAACCCUUUCCGCUUCCGGUGGAAUUGGUCGUUCCCCUCGAAAAAGUGUUCAAUAUGCACCUAAUCCCAAUAGUGCUGUUCGUCGGCGAGGUUCAACAAUAACUGGCCGACGAAAAUCUCGUGAACUUAUGCCAGGUCCUAUUCGUCGAGCAAGUCAAGUGCUCAUUAGCCUAACAAGUCCCGAUGGUGCUUCUCUUCACGGUGAAUGUUCUAGACGGGAUUCUCGAAUUGUUCCUCAAAUAACUCUUCUUAAUACCAAUAUACAGAGACUUCCAAUGAAAGAUUUUGGUGCCGAGGUUCGAGCCUCAAUGGAUGUUGACCAAUUUCUUCAACAAGCCGUUUUACUACUUGAUAUUCAAGAAACAUCAUUGGAAGGAAUCGUUGAUCGAAUGGUUAAAAAGGUUCUAGAUUGUAAGGAGCCGGUUGCGACCUUAAAAGAGGCCAAAGUUGCUCUUUUUACCCAUGAAUCGGUUAACCUGUUGGCACGUACUAUUCAAGGUACUUAUAUCAGUGAGGGUGGUGGCUUUGAUUAUGAUCAAUCGUGGCUUUGUGCAAUGUGCUCAAUGCCAUCUCUGCAUAAGCGUCAUGUGGCUAUCGCACGAUUAAAACAUCCUGCCAACAUGGGACGAAACUCACAUGAGGUUCGUUUCUUUAUUUUGGUUCUAACACCAUCCAAAGAAAAGGGUACCAAAAAUGCACUGGAAACGGGUCGUACCUUUGCAACCAUUUUCGCUGAUAUGGAUUUUCGUCAACGUCUUCUAGAGGUACAAUCAGAAGGUGAAUUUAAAAGUUUACUUCUUAAACACGCCCAAGACCUCGCCUCGGAGCAAAGUAAUCCCGUUAGGUCAUUGGGUAAUCAUCAAAAUGAUCUUGACUUUGAUGAGCCCAAAUGUCGCAUUGCUCAAGGACUUUGUGAAGAUUUAAGGAGACGACUUUCCCAUUAUAUUAGUGAUUAUAUUGAUGGUGUUGUUGGACAUCAGACAAUCCAUAAAACAAUAUCAACAAUUUUUUUCCUCUAUUUUGCCUGCCUUUUGCCUACAAUUGCGUUCGGUGUUCUGAACGACAAUAAUACAAAUGGAAAAAUUGGUGAUAUCCGUAAAGCUAUAAUUGGUCAAACAGUGGGAGGAUUGUCCUUUGGUUUCUUUGGAGGUCAACCUUUGGUUAUUAUUAUGACCACCGCCCCUCUAUGCUUGUACAUUAAAGUGAUAUACGGUAUAUGUGAAGGUUUUGGCCUCAAUUUUCAUGCAAUGUAUGCCUGUGUCGGUCUUUGGAAUACCUUUUUCCUCGUCUUCUAUGCGGUAUUUGAUGUAAGCAGGUUAAUGAAAUGGUGUACAAGGUCAACUGAAGAGAUAUUCGCUCUCUUUAUCAGCAUUGCCUUCGUAGUCGAUGCAUUCCGUGAUGUUUAUAAAAAUUUCAAGAAAAAUUACUAUUCGCCAAAAUGUUUGGAACCUAAGCAAGAUUUUAUAUCGCUGUUGACAAACAAUUUUACAAUGAACGAAACCAGUGCUACUAUCGAUAUCGAUGGUGAUGGUGAAUGUCGUCGAGAUGCUACUUUACUUUUCUUACUUUUAAUGUUGGGCACCGUUUGGGUAGCAGUUUCAUUAUAUAACUUUAAUAAAACGCCAUAUUUACAAGCGAGCAAACGAGAACUGUUAGCUGAUUAUGCCCUUCCUUGUGCUGUUAUUUUUCUCAGCUUUGUUGGCUCUUAUGUAUUUAAAGACAUUCCAGUUGAAACAUUUAGAUACAGCAAUACUUUUGAAAUUGGAAGAGCUCACAUUGAGGAGCUUCCAUUAUCUGCUGCCUUCGCUGCCAUGGGACUUGGAUUUUCACUUUCACUCUUAUUUUUUAUGGACCAAAACAUUGCAGCGGCCAUGGUGAACAACCCAUGCAAUAAAUUGAAAAAAGGUUGCGCCUAUCAUCUUGAUUUAUUUGUUGUUGGAAUCCUCAAUGGUUUCCUAUCCCUUUAUGGAUUCCCAUGGAUGCAUGGUGUUCUGCCUCAUUCACCUCUUCAUGUAAGGUCACUUGCCGAUGUUGAGGAGCGAGUUGAUGGAGGACAUGUUUAUGAAAUAAUUGUUAAAGUUCGAGAAACUCGGAUAACGAGCAUAGUUUCACACAUCUUAAUUGGUCUUUCGGUAUUCUUAUUACCUUAUCCAUUGGCCUACAUCCCGACCGCUGUUCUUGAUGGUUUGUUUCUUUAUAUGGCGAUUACUGCACUUUCUGGAAGCCAAAUGUUUGAAAGGAUAACACUUUUAUUCAUGGAACAGGCUGCUUAUCCACCCAAUCAUUACAUAAGACGAUGUCCCCAACGAAAGAUUCAUUUGUUUACAUUUUGUCAACUUGUUCAACUUGGAUUGAUGUGUUUCUUUGGUUUUUCACCUUGGCCCUACAUUAAAAUGGUCUUCCCGAUAGUGAUACUUUUAUUAUUGCCCGUCAGGCAUAAAAUAAUAACUUACGUAAUAGAUGCAAAGUACCUGGAAGCGCUAGAUGGUGAGCACCAAUAAUGAGGAUUUGAUGAUGAUGAAACAAUCGGACAAUGACCAAUCUGCUCAAUCUAAACGAAACAAAAAUCAAUUGGGAAAAUAUUAUUACUAAUUACAACUACUAUUGAAUUGGAAAAGUAAUCAAAAUAUUUACAGCAACAAAGAAACAAACAAAAAAUAAGAAUCAAAAAUGAAAAAGAAAAGUUUCUCUCUCUCUCUCUCUCUCUCUCUCUCUCUCUCUCUCUCUCUCUCUCUCUCUCUCUCUCUCUCUGAUUAACUUUAAUCAUAAUCACCAUCAAUCUCCUGAUCAUCAUCAUAAUCCAUGGGAUAACAUCACCACCUCUUUAUCUUCCUUAUGAACUUUUAAUUUUAAUUAUGAAUGUAAAAUAAUACGAAAAAAAAUCAAGAUAAUUAGUUAAUUCAUCAUUAAUUCGUAGACACACACAACACGAUUCACAUACAGAAAUCAAUGAAUUACCAACUAAUCAACGAUUAAUUGUUGUUGAUUGUUAAGCUCAUUUGUUUGUAUUGUGAGAUACAUUUUCUGUUUACAUCAGCUAAUUUAAAAUAAAAAUUGUUAACAAUCCAAGAAAA